AGAGCGCUGUAGGAGGGAAGACGGAGGAGUCACGCAUCCGCAUCACCGAGGAGGAGGAGGGUGGCGCGGUGGCAUUGCCUGCAGGAAUUCAGUUGUAAAGUGUACACACGAGGCAAAAAUGCACUGAGAGGAUAACUGUGUUGAGCUUUCUUUCGUUAACAAAGAUUAGGUUACCGUACGGCACUUGGGCGACUGAAGGAGAGAAACACACACACACAAAAAAAACGCCCUGGACAAGUUGUGAUUUCAGAAGAAAUCCGGCUGGAGAUGAAUACCAACGAUGCCAAGGAGUAUCUCGCGCGGCGGGAGAUACCUCAACUGUUUGAGAGCCUGCUGACAGGUCUGAUGUACUACCGACCCGACGACCCCAUCGAGUACCUGGAGGGCUGCCUGAAGAAAGUCACCGAGCUCGGAGGACCGGACAAGGUGCGGUGGGAUACGUUUGUGGGACAGGAGAAGAAGUCACUUCCUCCUCUCAACGGCGGCCAAUCACGCAGGUCCCUCUUCAGAAAUGUGUUGCCAGACAGUCCCAACUUUCCCUACAGACGUUAUGACCGCCUCCCUCCUAUCAGCCAGUUUUCCAUUGAGAGCGACUCAGACCUGUCGGAGACAGCGGAGCUCAUAGAGGAGUACGAGGUGUUUGAUCCGUCCAGACCAAGACCAAAAGUCAUCCUCGUUAUCGGUGGCCCUGGCAGCGGCAAAGGAACACAGUGCCUGAAGAUUGCCGAGCGCUAUGGCUUCCAGUACGUGUCCGUGGGCGAGCUGCUGAGGAAGAAGAUGAUCCACAACGCCACCAGCAACAGAAAGUGGAGCCUCAUCGCCAAAAUCAUCACCAACGGAGAGCUGGCACCACAGGAAACAACAAUAACUGAAAUCAAGCAGAAGAUCAUGAAGAUCCCGGAUGCCAGUGGGAUUGUUAUCGAUGGGUUUCCACGUGACGUCGGACAGGCUUUGUCCUUUGAAGACCAGAUCUGCACUCCUGACCUGGUGGUGUUUCUGGCCUGCACCAACCACCGCUUGAAGGAGAGGCUACAGAAACGUGCCGAGCAGCAGGGACGACCUGACGACAACCCCAAGGCCAUCGACCGCCGCCUGACCAACUUCAAGCAAAACACCAUCCCUCUGGUCAAAUACUUCCAGGAGAGGGGCCUUAUUGUUACGUUGGAUGCAGACCGAGAUGAGGAGGAAGUCUUCUGUGACAUCAGCAUGACACUGGACAACAAAUUGUUUCCCUCCAAGGAGCCAGCAGCAGGUCCCAGUGAGCUGGACCUCAGUCUUCUGGGAGAAACCAGCAGUCUGGCAGAUGUUGCCUGCAAGAACGAAGAGGUUGAAGAGGAGGAAGAAAUAGGGUUUGCUGAAGGAACAACAGAAAGUUAUCGUACAGAACAGAAGAAACCAAAGGUCAUCUUUGUGAUGGGUGGUCCAGGAUCUGGUAAAUCUCUGCAGUGCGAACGGAUUGAGGAGCGGUUUGGCCUGCAUCGGGUCACGCUGGGUGACCUGCUGUGCACUGAGCUGAGGUCUCAGAGCGACAGAGGACGUCGCCUGCGGGAUGUCCUGGAGAGAGGAGAGCAGCUGCCGGAGGACACAAUGCUGGAGCUGCUGUGUGAUGCGGUGGCGUCUUCAAUACGGCAGGGGAAAGGUCUGGUGAUUAGCGGCUUCCCCAGAGACCUGAGUCGCGCAGAUGAGUACGAGGCCAAGAUGGGAGAGCCCAGUGCAGUCCUCCUGCUGAGCUGCUCUGCAGACACCAUGUUGAGCCGUGUGCAGUGCCGCCGAUCCUCCUCCAGCUUCCAGCCGGCCACAGACCAAGACGAAACGCUGCACAGGAGAGCUGAGAGCUUCUGCAGCGAUAGCCAGGAUGUGGCAGCUCUCUAUGAACGCAAGAAGCUUCUGCACAUGAUUGAUGCAGAGAGGUCGCCAGAUGAAGUGUUCUCCCAGAUCUGCCAGGCGAUGGAGACCUUCUGAUUUCUACCACUACGUCUCGCCCUCCAGCCCCAAAUCUCUGCUGUCCUGGAGCUCCACCUGUGAAGAUCUCUCUCUCUCUCUCUCUGCAAGGAGACUCACUCACCUCACACCUGCACCACAUACACGCUCAUUGAACUCCAGUGGUCUGCAUGCCCCCCCAAAACACCUAGCAAGUCGGUGAAACUUCUUCCUGCUUUAAACACUGAUGAAGCGCCUGGUUGUCACAUCCUGCUACACCCACUUGCAUCAUCUCUGUCUCUAACAUGGAUCUCGAUAUAUGCUGCCAACUGCCCUGCCGAGGCGGAUCACUUUACUGAGAAACAUGGCAUUCCUGCUGUGACUGAGAGCAUGCUUUCUGGUCGAGAAUGUGAAACCGGAGAGAGAGAGCGGUUCCCGCCAUGCAGGAAAGUGGAAAUGUCAGUGUAUGUGCUCAUGCUCUCAUGCACAGUGUUGUGUUUUAUAUUGUGACAAGCAUGCAAGAAUUACAAUCAAAGCUUAACUGCCUUUUGUGCAUUGAAUUAAAAAAAAAAAAAAGCAGAAAAAGAUUCAAGAGUGUUCAAGAAUAUCGCAUUUGUAUGUUUCCAAAGCUCAUCGUACAGGUGCUUGUUUUGAGUCUGGUAUUUAACAUUCAAUAAAGCCAGUGCAUUUGC